UAGGCUAGGGCUAAACACGUCCAGAGACCAAAACGAGUCGACUCGUCGUCGUCGUCGACACUCGAGAGGCACCUGCACUACUCCACUCAGCUCACACGCAAAACGUCCGCUUCGUCUCGUCUCCCUCCUCUCAAACCGCCUCGUCUCUCGCGCCCUCCUCCUCUCCUCUCCUCCUCUCCUCUCACUCGCUCACUCGCUCGCCGACGCUGCCCGAGGCGGAGGCGGCGGCGGCGGCGGCGAAGAGGCCGUAGCCCGCUUCGCUCGGCGGAUCGCGCGCGCGAACCGGGCGGUGGAGGAAGGGGGAGGGGGAGGGAGAGGGGCGGAGAGCGCCAUCGCCGACCAGAAUAAGACAGCAUUGGCUGCAGAGGGUUCAAAUGAGAAAGCUGCGGUAGAUGCAAAUGAAGUUUCAUUGCCUCUUUCUAAUCUAAGCAACACUCGACAACAUUCUGAUAGAGAAAACAACAUGCCUGGAAAACAUGGCAACGAUGGCAUGUCAAAAGACAUGGGACGUGCUACUAGAUUGAAGAGACUGCAAACGCCAAUCAACUUAUUUGAAGAUGAAUGCGUUUUCUGCCAUUCAUUUAGAACACCUCCUCAGUUUCAUGGUCCAAUGGCGCAUUAUCAAAAGGGAAAGCUUGUGUCCAGUGACAAUGGCAGUCCAUGCCCAACAGAUAUCAUUUAUGUUCAUAAGAAAUGCCUGGAGUGGGCCCCGCAAGUAUUUUACGAAGGUGAUACCAUUGUGAACUUGGAGUUGGAAAUAAAACGUGCCGCGAAAUUGAAGUGCAAAAGAUGCAAGCUUCCUGGAGCAGCUCUUGGGUGUUAUUAUACAAAGUGCAAUAGGAGCUAUCAUGUUCCAUGUGCAAUGAUGACUUUGAAUUGCCGCUGGGAUGUUGAUAACGGUUGUGUUAUGUGCCCUGAACAUGCAACGAUGCCACUACCAUGUGAUAAGAUAAGCUCGCCAAGAAAUGAGAGUGGCAAUUCUUCUUCCUUCCCUCAGAGCCAAUCGUCAAUUGAACAAAGCGAUUCCGCUGAUUGCGAAUGGGAAUAUCCUAUAAUAGAUCAAUGGAACACAUCAAGUUCUUUGUCUCAAGGACAAAGUUCAGCCAAAGAAGGAAUUUCUGCUGUUCCUAAAAGGGAAAUAGAUCAACUUAACACUUCAUGUUCUUCCUUUCCUGAGGGCCAAUACUUGGACAAAGAAGGAAUUUCCACUGACGAAUACAGGAAAGAAAAGCAAACAGAUCACCUUUACACAGAAAGAGAUUGCCCCUCGGAUCUGUGGGUUUUGCUUGGUUCAGCUUUAAGUGAAUCCGAGAAGGAUUCCUUGCAAGAGUUUGCGUCUUGGACAGAUGCAACUGUGGUCAACGAGUGGACUGAAAAUGUGACCCAUGUUAUCGUUGGAAAAAGUGCUGGUAGUGCAUGGAGCCGAUCUUAUGAGGUCCUGAUGGCUCUACUGUUUGGGAAAUGGGUUGUCACGGUUGGAUGGAUUAUGGAUUGCUUGGUAAAGUUUAUUCCAAGUCCAGAAGCUUCCUUUGAGUUAAGAUUUAGCCAUGACUCACGUGCAUCAAUUGGUGGAAACAAGAAAAGAAGAAAUCAAGCUUCUGAAGGGGCACAGAAGUUGUUCUCGGGACUGAACUUUUGCCUCAGUGCCUACAUAAACCCUGACGACAGACAACACAUACAGAGCCUGAUUGCAGCUGCUGGAGGGCAGAUACUGGAGACAAACGGCGGCUCGCAUUUGCUGCGUGAAAACCUGGAGAAAGUUGCUGUGAAGCCAUGCUACUUCGUCUACGACGGGGGCGCUCCAAGGGAUUUCACCCAAGGAUUGCUUGAUGAUCUCCCUAAGGAGAUGGAAGAGGGCAGAGAGUAUGCUGCCUGUGGAGCUCAGGUGAUCAGCCAUUUGAGGGUGUUUGAUGCCAUUGCGGCUUAUGAUGCACAGAUUCUCAGCCACAAGGAUCACUUCACCCCGGAUGUGUAAUGGCGCAAGCUGUGACUGUACAUGGUAAAGCAUAUAUCCAUGGCUAGUUGUUGGCAAUUUGUAGGUGCUUUUGGAGCAGUGCCCUUCAGAUCAAAUCUUUGGCACUGUAGGACAGUAAUGCUGUUGUAUAUAUAUAAACCAUUCGAUGUUUACUGACACAUCUGGUUAGCCUGAUAUUCACCUACUAAGAGCAGGUACAAUAGUGGAUUAUUAGCCGGUUGUAAACAUUUUAAUGAGAUAAAAGAUGAGAGAAGAGCAGCGGGCUACAGAUCUGUAGCCAGCUGCAGCGCGAACUCUAAGA